CCAGGCAGAGAGCAUGAGCCACUCAUCGACCAGCGGGCGUCGCAGAACCGACCACCGACUUUCCCGCCUUUUAAACUCUACCUUAGAAAGGUUCCAAGAGAUCCAACAUCAAGAUGGCUUUGACUGGUCCAGUGUUUGAGGCCUACCGCGGCGCCAACAUGACCGUCGCGGACAGCGUCCUGCCCGACAUGCUCCACCUGAUCGACCCUCACUGGUACAAGUACCCUCCCAUGAACCCCCUUUGGCACGCCAUCCUCGGCUUCGUCAUCGGCGUUUUGGGAGUCAUCUCAUUCUGCGGCAACGGCAUGGUCCUCUACAUCUUUGGCACCACCAAGGCGUUGAGGUCGCCGUCCAACCUGCUGGUCAUGAAUCUGGCUCUCUCCGACUUCCUCAUGAUGAUCGUCAUGUCACCACCCAUGGUCAUCAACUGCCUGUACGAAACCUGGGUCUUUGGUCCUUUGAUGUGCGAACUGUACGCCAUGGCUGGUUCCCUCUUUGGCUGCGGAGACAUCUGGACAAUGGUCUUCAUCGCCAUGGACAGAUACAACGUCAUCGUCAAGGGUCUGGCCGGCAAACCCUUGACGACCAGCACCGCCCUGCUGAGGAUUGUCUUCGUCUGGACCUUUGCCACCGUGUGGACUGUCGCACCCCUCUUCGGGUGGAACAGGUACGUCCCUGAAGGCAACAUGACCUCCUGCGGGACUGACUACCUGAACCGCGAAUGGUUCAGCGCCAGCUACUUGGUGGUCUAUGGCAUCUUUGUAUACUUCAUCCCGCUGUUCAGCAUCUGCUUCGCCUACUAUUUCAUCCUCUCAGCCGUUUUCGUGCACGAGAAGGCCAUGAGAGAGCAGGCGAAGAAGAUGAACGUGGCCUCGCUGAGGUCCGAGGACAAGGCCCAGAGCACCGAGUGUAAGCUGGCCAAGGUCGCUUUGGUCACCAUCUCGCUGUGGUGCAUGGCGUGGACACCCUACUUGAUCAUCAACUUCAGCGGCAUCUUCAUGAGCGCAGACAUUUCGCCACUUACUACCAUCUGGUGCUCCUUGUUUGCCAAGGCCAGCACAGUUUACAACCCAAUUGUCUACGGCAUUAGUCACCCAAAAUACCGGGCAGCCCUUUACGCGCGGUUCCCUGCGCUAGUGUGUGGAGGCACAGAUGACGACUCUUCUGCCUGCGCCUCACAAGGCUCAACCAGCACCGAAGCAGAAAAACCCGAAAAAGCCUAAGCUGAACCAUCGCUGACAAUUUUUAUCAAGACAAUACAACGAACGGACUAUGAACUUCUUUCCAUUAGAGCAAAAAUUUUUACAAAUCUUGAAAACCCAUCGAUUGUGUCUAGACUGACCAAGCAUCAAUAAAAUGUGAAUUGUAAUCACGCAAGCUAAU